GUGCUUUAAGCUUCUUGCAACAGAGAAAGCCCAACCAACCAAACGCUUGACUUUUGGGCCGCGUGGGCCUUAUUGGUCCUACUGCCGACUACCAAACAUGCCCUAAUAUUUCCAAUUGAUUGAUGCUCAAUUUUUUUAUUUUAUUUUUUGCAAUUGAUUCUUGACAGAAACCCCUCAGAAAAAAAGAAAGAUUGUUGACAGGAAGGAACAAGGAAGUGUGCUCCGUUCCCCUCGCCUCCUCGGCCACUUCCCCGCCGGCUUGCUCCGUUCUCCGUCGCUCUGGUUUAGUUGAUCUGCUUUUCUGCGAGGAUUAGGGCAUUGGAUUGGAUUCUGCAGUUAAAAUUCCGUCCUUGAGAUCCGGAAUCGAGCGAGCAGCAAUGGCGGCCGCCCCCGCUGAAGUUCUUCCGCCGGCCAAUUGGUGGAAAAAGGACCCCAAUUGCCUGGAAACCUCACCGGUCCAUCCGGCCAAUGCGGUGACCGCAGACUGGCCCUCGCUCCCAGACGAUAUCAUCCGCCGCAUCGCCGACUCCUUCCUCGCCGCCAACGACCUAGAUUGGUACAUGGAUCUGCGCGCCGUCUGCCACAACUGGCGCUCCGCCACCGACGACCCCAGGAACAACACCUCUGACCCCCGGUUCCUCCCAUGCCGCUGGAUCAUCCUCGACGAGGUCUUCGAGAGCGACACGCGCCGCCUCUUGGUCAACACCGCCACCGGCCGGUUCCUCCAUAAGGAGCUCCCGGCGCUCCGCGGCUACCACGUCGUCGCCACCACUCUAUGCGGCCCCUUCGUCAUGGCCGACAGGAGCGCUCCUCACGCCGCUCGUGUCUUCAACCCUCUCACCGGCGAUAUCAUCCGUUUCACGGCGCCCAUGCCGCUCGAGGUGCAGGUCACCGCCGCCGUCUGCUUUGACUUCUCUUGGCCCUUGCUCGCCUUGUUCUGCGACUCAUGUUGCAAGAUGUACAUAGUCAGUCCACACAGUUCUCACUCCCAAGACUAUGUCUUUGAUCCUAGAGUUUACAGUUUCUUCCGGAGGGCGGUCGGAGGUGGUUUGGUCGGCCGUUGGUGGGAAUUAGCCAGAACAACUGACUUUGCUCUCAAGAUCUGCAAAGUGGGGCUGUCACUUGGCGUCAAUCUGUUGAAGUUUUUUUGUGGUGAUCCUACUGAGAUCGGACUUGCAAACGAUGCCCGGUGUUUCGCAAUGGAAUUUAUUGGACAGAUGCUGAUCAUCGUCAAGGGACAACAAUUCUUCCAGAUUUUAAGAGUCAAAACCGAGAGCAGCGAGCUUUUGCAUGUGGAGAGCAUCUGCAACCAUGCCAUCUUCAUUGGUCAUCAUAGGAGCCUUGCUGUGGAUGCUCACAUGUUUCCAUCAAUAGAGGCAAACUGUAUCUACUACACUGAACACCAGGUUUCGUCUGCCCACAUCUGGAAGUACAACAUCAAGGACCGAAAAGCAGAAAGGAUCUCAGAAGCCGUCGAUUUUGUGAAGCCGGACAAGCAGUUUGUCCUGCUCGGCGACCGUCCUUCCACGCUCAUCCAGCUUCUGUCGAGCUACACCAUCAGCACCCGGGAUUCUGAACUGGCUGGUGCAGUUAAACUUGAUGAUUGAGCCUAUGGUAUGCAUUGCUGAGAAAGGGUUGUUCUUUUCUAGGUUGCUUAUUUUGGUUAUGCCUUCACUUGUUCUAGGCAAGAAUCUACUCCCUCUGUCCCAUAAUAUAAGAGUGUUUUUAACAUUGUCAAAAACACUCUUAUAUUAUGGGACGGAGGGAGUAGGUUGUAUCUUUCUAUGAUGGAACUACUCUUAGCUAUCUUAAUUAAGACAUGGUGUGUACCCAAUGGUACACUGUUUAGCUUGAUGUUGUUAUUGGGUGCAAUGUGGUUGCCAAUUUCUGCAGCA